CGGCGGCGGGAGGAGGAGAGGAUAAAAAUCCCAUCGCCGCGGCGGCUUCGAGGGCCUCGAAGCUCUCGUCUCCCACAUCCCCCCUUCGCCUCGCGGGGCGGGGGCCGGAGGAGGAGGAGGAGGGCGGCCCGACGCGACGGCGUACGGGCGGAGGAGGACGGAGAGGGAGGGGCCGACGGCUCGCCGCCGUCAUGGAGAAGGUUAGCCAUCUGAUGAACGGCGGCUGCGGCGGCGUGGGGAAGAGGAGGGGCCUUCCGGCGGCGGGGGUGGGGCUAGGGCUGCAGAAGCAGAACUCGUGGUCGCCGGACAUGGAGAGGGACGAGGCGUGGGAGCGGCGGCGCGGGAUGAACAAGGGAUCGUCGUCGUCGUCGGCGCUGCGGCGGGUGAGGAGCGUCACGGACGACGACCUCGACGAGCUGCGCGGGUGCAUGGAUCUCGGGUUCGGGUUCGAGGCGGCCGGGUGCCCGCUGUGCGGCGCCGGGAGGAGCCGCCUGGUGGAGACGCUCCCCGCGCUGGACCUCUACUACGCCGUUCACGGCAACGCCGGCGGCGGCGGCGGCGGCGCGGGCGAGGUUUGCGCCGCCGCGAGCCCCUGCUCGUGCGGCGCCUCCUCGUCGGAUGUGUCCGAGGAGUCGCCGCUCGGGAGCCCCAUGUCCAUACUCUCUCCAGGAGACACGCCGGAGACGGUGAAGAUGAGGCUGAAGCAGUGGGCGCAGGUGGUGGCGUUGUCCGUGCGCAACCGUUGCUGAACUCGUCGGCGACGCCACGCCAUUGACAUCUUCUCUUGCAUCGAGAAGAAUGCAAGAACGAAAACUUAGAAGGAUAAGAAAAGAAUAUCCCCUGCCUCGAUGCGUCGGAUGCGGGAAAAAAAAAAGGAAAAUGAAAGGAAUUUAGGGUUUGGUGGGCCGCCGCCUUCCACCCUCCGGCCGGCUCCCCUCCUCCUAUCUAUCCUAUCUUGAACAGUUCAAGUUCAUUUAACAUUAUCAUAAUAUCAUUCAGUCAUUCAGCCAUCCUUUUUCUUUACUUUAGCAGAUUUCUUGCUUAUUCCCCUAAUUCAGAUCUUUAUCAAUCAUCAAUGUAAAUCCAUGAGGUAGACUAAUUUUAUUUCCAAAAAAAUGAUUAUUGCUCAU